AUGGUCGCUGGUCGCAAGCGAGGCCCCACCUCGGCGGCGUCGGAGGACACUCCAACGAGAUACAAGAAACGGGCCUAUGGUCACUCAUGUCUCGCAUGUCGUGAACGCAAGAUCAAGUGUGAAGAGGUGGAUUCUCCACCGUGCAAAGGAUGCCGCGAGAGCAACACCGUCUGCGAGCCCGUCGAGCGCGCUCGCGUUAGCAAGCGGUCCAAGGACACGGAGACGACGUUGGCCAGCUUUGAGAAGCGGCUACGCCGGCUCGAAUCACUAGCCGACCUGCCGCAUUCACCGUCCGACUCGCCCCUCCACACCCAUGGUACGCUUGGCGCGGUCGAAGGCCCGCUAAGCUCCCACCACCACUCUGGUGGGCCUGGCAGUGUGCCCCACACGGGGCGCAGGUAUGACGAUGACAUGGAUGACGACCUCGGCCAUGACCAGGACGACCGCGACCGCGACCAUGAUCACGACCACCAUGACGACCACGAGCCCCACGAGCCCGAAGGUCUGGGCCGGCCCCGGUAUGACCUUGGUUCGGCGGCGCGGCCAGUCUACCAUGGCGAGCUGAGCAUGUUCGACGAGGUGGGAAAGAGCGCGGCGGCGUCGCCUCGCGGCUUUGAGAGCGAGUCCCCACAGUCGUGGACUGAAGAGCGUCUGCGUGCUGCCGCCCGUCUUCGUCACCGCUACGCUACUGCUGAAGAAGGCGAGGCGUGGAUGGAUGCGUACUUUUCGUGGGCUUCACCCGUAUACGCUGUCGUGCACCGGCCCAUCUUCAUCCGUGACAUGGCGCUGGACGGCCCUUACUUUUCCGAUUUCCUCCUCAUCAUGAUUUACAUCUCGGGUAUCCGGUUUUCUGCUGGGAUGAGCGACCGGGAGCGCGAACAACGCGGCGAACAGUACGUUGGCCUCAUGCUGAGCAUGCUUGCCGACGAGACGAUGGGUCCCGGCAAGAUCACCACCAUCCAGGCUCUGCUUGGUCUUGGCGGUCGCCAGAGCGCUGUGGGCAAGACCACCCAGGCUUGGAUGCUCACCGGCAUGGCCAUCCGCAUGAUGCAAGACAUGGGCCUGCACCUGCCCGUCGACGAGAACAAGUUUUCCGCCGAGGACCGCGAUAUGCGCAACAGGUUGUUCUGGAGCGCAUACUGCUGGGACAAGACCAUGUCCCUUACCCUCGGACGUGAGCCAAGUCUCGCCUCGCGCCCGGGGCUGUCUCCCGACUCCCUGCCAGACGACCCCGACGACGACAUCUACUGGCACCCCGUGCUUCCUGGACAGCCGCUCCCCCUGGGCCAGCCGUACCCCAAAUGCAAGCUGCUCAAGACGUUUACACUGCGUCACCUGUCAAAGCUCAACCUUAUCCUCGAGUCCAUCCUUACCAACAUGUACUCGCCCAUGCGCCCCAACGCGAGGUCUCUGUCGUUUAUCCGCUCGGCGUCUGACAAACUCGAGUCUUGGCGCCGCGACCUGCCCACCGAGCUCAAGAUUGAGGCCCCAAUGGUUCCAACAGCAAGCCCGCCGUCAAACAUUGUCAUUCUCAACCUCCUCUACCACACCAUUCGAAUUCUCAUCUACCGCCCGCUGCUGACCGCAAACAGCCAGUCGGCGCUCGCUUCGUCGGCUCUCAACGAAUGCCGCAAUGCGGCGUCGGGCACACACGAUGUUCUGUCACUGUGGGGUCGUACCUUUGGUCCCACCAACCAGCACUUCCUCUUUGUCUACUGUUGCUUCAUUGCGGCCGGCGUGGACAUUCUGCUCAUCCGCACGGGCAACCCGUUCGUGCGCGACGAAGCCUUCCAGCGCGUGCACCUGUCUCUCGACAUUUUAGAGCAGGCCAGCACGCAGGGCCCCGGUAUCCGCCGUGGCAUUGUCAACAUCCGCAGCCAGCUCGACCGCGUCACAAAGGGCGAGCUCACAUACGCCAAGGAACCCGCACCCGUCGGACUGGUCGACGGGCCCGCCGCGCCAGUGGAUCAGUCGCUUACGGGCGGCGCGGCCGGACCCGCCGCCGACGCACCGGCGCAAGACCUCAGCUGGUUUGCAGAGGGUGACCUCUGGGACCACCAGACGCUCAUCGACAUUCUCGGAGCAGCGCCAAUCAGUACGCAGGAUCCAUUCGCGUUCAACACCGACGGCCUGCCGUUCUGA